UCGAGUGCCUCAAGUCUUCGGCCUUCUUCCAGUGCUCCUCUCCGACCCCCUUCAAGUGCAUCAACUCGUCCUCCCUCUAGUGCUGGCAUUCGCUCUUCUCAAAGCGCGCCAUUCAGAUCACCUUCGAGCUUAUCAGCGCGACCGCCGUCCAGCAUAUCUGUCCGGCCUCCGUCGAGUGCUUCCCUACGCCCUACCUCCAGUGCUUCUGUCAGGCGACCUAUCUCGCGCUUCUCCCAUCGCGUCCCUCCCCGACAACCGUCUCGUCUGAUCCCGCUAUGUGAAUCCCUAGUAUCCCAGCUCACGCCAUUAACCCCUGACGUAGACCCCGAGGACUUCCGGGCUGCUGUGGAGUAUGUUGCGAAGAAUUUAGACUCAACCGUCCGACCUUCAGGGAGCACUGACUUCCCUACCAUUGACAAGGCGAUGAGAGGUUAUGCGCGAAAGGCACGAAUCAACUCCUUUGAUGUCCUCGGUGAUACACUCGAUAUAGUGUACGAUAGGUUGAAAACGCAUGCCAAGAGCAACGAUGAUCUGGACGCGAGCAUACAACUGUCUCGUCUUCCUGACCACUUGAAGUUUCUUACACUGCUCUCAACCCCUUCCAAUCCCACGACACUGGAGAACGCAGAAGCCGUCCUUCAAAGAAUCGAACAUCCCUCAGUAGCCAAGCCCAAACUGACCUGGAAAGACAUUCUUGCGGAGGAGCCUUUCGAAGGUCAACACUGGGAAGGCGUCUAUGGUCUCCCCCGCGGAAGCACUGUCGAGGGCUGGGAGACACGCAGCGACGGCAGCACACCCUCGCUCUCGCCUUGGGACAGCGAUUCCGAUCUGGAAGGGGCCCAGUCAUCCUCCGAGCUGUCCGUCAUUCCGGACACACCCCCGCCCGCUCAUUCCGGGCCUCAACAGACUGGCGAGUUCGAAGGGGGUGCGACAAUAGACCCACGGAAUGCAUAUCGACAUCGACAGGAUGUGGAAGAGCUGCAGGCCAGACAGUAUUGGCGAUCUGAGUGGCGCACCGAUGCGGCGAUUGAGAAACCGUUCGACCUUGGAGAUGCCUCAUCUCUCGCGCCAUCGUUCCAUCGAGUGUUGGGGUCCAGGGCUACGCUGCGCAUCGACGGGCCAACUAAAGAGAACUAUAGGCCUGAAGAGUAUCUGGUCCGCGAAGUGCUUACAGGCUUACAAGGGCGUCGUAAUAUGAUGUUCACUUGGGCACAUAACGGUCCCAACGCUUUCUCCUUCGUCUUCUCUCCUACAGCACCGCGGUGUUUGCAUCUAACAGCAGGCGCACAGGCGUCCAUCGUCUCUGCUUUCGCAUCCCUAGCGACCACCCUCGCACACCUCCGCAAGUUCACCAGCGCGAUGUUUGCCAGGGCUUCUGCCAGCACUAGCUCAGACUCCAAUCAAGCAGCUCAUCUCGUCAGGUCCCAACGACGUAACACCCAAACACUCGAGGCCUUCGCCGAUGCGCUAGACACCGAGUUGCGAGCAUUCGACGCAUGGUGCGCCGCACGCGAAGAAUCCAUCUGCCGUGCACGCGGCGGCGUCCUGCCCGGCCCCCCAAUAGUCGUCUCCCUUCUCAGCCUCGAAAAAGGCGUACGCGACGCCUUCGGGGACACCUUCUCCGUCCUGCUCACCCUCGUCCGCACCGUCGUACAAAAAGCCCAGCGCGCCCCCUCGCCGCUCAUUGAAAUAUGGACGUUCCCCGACCUGCCCUCGCGUGCGCCCCCGUCCGCAGUCACCGCACUCCUCCUCGACGCGCUGCUCGGCGCGGUGCAGGCCCGCAUGUCCAUGGGCGACGCGGUCGCCGCCCGCGCGCUGACGCGCGUCUUUGGCGCAAGCGCGGAGCCGGUGUGGGCGAUGAUGCACCGCUGGAUGCGCGACGGCAUGCCCGUGCGCGACUCGCCCGCGGCGCUCGUUGGCGUGCGCGCGGUGGGCACCCGGGCCGUCCCGGACGAGUUCUUCGUGGAGGACAACGAGCUGGUGAUGCUCGACCCGGACUUUUGGUCGGAUGGGUUCACGCUGCGCGCCGGGCAGACGGGCGACGGCGAAGGUGAGGGCGGGGAGGCGCCCAACGGCUUGCCGGUGUUUCUGGUGCAUGUCGCUGAGCUCGUGCUGUCGACGGGCAAGGUAACUGGGCUGCUGCGCGCGCUUGGGAUAUCGUCCCUGUUCGACGGGGACGCGGCGGAGGUGCCUGAUGUCGCGUCUGGGCAGCCGUGGAUGGCGGGCUGGCGCGCGUUCGGCGCGCUGCUGGACGAGUCUGCUGGCGCGCCGACGGAGGAGGUGUUGCAUGAUGUGCUGUCCCCUGAGGCUGCGAUCGCGUCUAGCGAGAACCUCUCGCACGUCGUGUAUGAGGAGCUGUUGCCGUACGCGGAGCGCGCCCACGAGACGCUCACGAAGGUGCUCGUCGAGGACUGCGACCUCUGGGCGCACCUCAACGCAAUUGAGGAUCUCUUCCUCAUGCGCCGCGGCGACGCCAUGUCGCACUUCGUCGACAUCCUCUUCACCCGCAUGGACACGCGCCAGCCAUGGAACGACUUCCACUUCAUGAACAGUGCGUUCCGCGACGUCGUCGCCCUGCACCCUGGGCGCACGCGCUGGAUCGACCCCGCACUCGUGCGCUUCUCCUUCCGCACCACGCAGGAACGCAGCGCGGCGCAGACGGUGCGCGCGCUCGACGGGCUGCUCAUCGAGUACGCGGUGCCGUUCCCGCUCACGUACGUGUUCGGGCCGCGCACGGUGCGCGUGUGCUCGGCCGUGUUCACGCUCGUGCUGCAGGUGCGGCGCGCGAAGCGCGUGCUGGAGCGGAUCUUGGUAAGGGGUGGGCUCGUGGGCGGGGGCGGGGGGAGGAAGAUGAGUGGGGAGAUGAAGGUGUUUUAUGCGGUGAGGGGGAGGUUGUCGUGGUUCGUCAACACGCUGCUGAACUUUAUCACGACUAAUGUGAUCCACACGCAAAUCCUCAAGUUCCACGACGCAUUCCGCGGCGCGAAGUCGCUCGACGAGAUGGUGCAACUGCAGAACGAUCACCUCGACAAGCUCGAAGGCCGCUGUCUUCUCCAACGCAAUACUGCUGCGCUGCACCGCGCGAUCAUGUCCAUCCUCGACAUGUCCCUCCACUACACCGAAUGCUUCGUCGCCUACGCCGGCGACACCACACACGACAUCUCACGCGCCUCGCUCCGCCUCGUCUCCCGGCGGUCCCGCCACCGCAGCCGUCGCGUGCGCACCCAGCGGCGCGACGUCAUCGGGUUCGCGCAGGCACCCUCACUCCUGCAAGACUCGGACGGGGACAGCUCCGACUCCGAGGACGAAGGGGACGCGGAGGGCGGGGGCGCGAGCGAGCCGUCGUUCUCGUUUGGGGCAUCGACGACGAUGUCGUUUGCGGAGGAGGGGCCGGCGGCGCGGUUGGAGAAGAUGUCUGGCGAGUUGGACGCGCUGGUGCGUUUCGUGCGGCGCGGUGUGGAGAGCCUAGCGGCGGGCACGGGCGAGGCAGCGCCUGCGUUUGGUAUGUUCGCGUUCGCGCUGGAGGACUGGGACCGAUAGACAGGCCGCGGAGACGUUGAACGGGCUAGUAGGGGCAAUUGUAUUUUGGAAUCUGAAUCGCAGAGCACGGGUAGUACGGGUAGAAUACAGGGUGGGGGUGUACGCAUAAUGUAGGAUCGUGAUACAAAGAGCAAAAAGACCCGUAUGCUACAUCUGGAGAAGGGCGCAGCGACUAGACUGGGGCGGACACAGCAUGUGCGGAAAGGUCAUGAAAGCAUUAGUAGCAGGGGGAGAGAGGAGAGAGAUCAAUAAUACUAGCAGCGGUGUCGCAUGAAUGGGGCUAUAUCUGGCGUAUCCGGGGACGUCCAGAUUAGAUCGGUGAGGGGUGGGGGUAUAAGGAGGAGGGCAGCAUAGCACGAUGUACGAUCAAAAUGUUCUUUACAUGACGCUCUGGCCGCCUCUCUUGUCCACUCGUCGAUUGAUGCCGCCAAGGAGGAUUUUGAUGAUAGAAUCCGCAUUGAGACGACCGCCGAGGUAUGGCGUCGUGUCGACGAUGUCUCGACAAUGAUAUUCGGCUUGCAGUUCGUCAUCCAGAGUGCGCAGAUAUUCGGUGGCCGCUCUAUGGCUGCCUAUCUGGACAAAUUGAAUGCCGACCUGCGUGAGAGGGUAAUGACCGUCAUCCAAUCGCUUAGCGGCAGCAGCGAUUACAGCGGCUGGAUCGUCGGUAGGAACACCGUCGGUGAUGAUGAUGUAGUUCACGGGCUUGAGUUUCUUGACCGCCGCCACGCCGCCAGACUCCUUCGCCGCGUCAAGUUCGUUCAAGUAAUACAGCAUAAGGUCCUCGAGCCGUUCACCGAUGGGUGUCGCACCGCGUGGAACUACACUGUCAAACAUUCGCCGUAUCUGGGUCCCGCUCGUCAUGUUAGUCCCGGUCUUCUUGCUGUUGAGGAAACAGACAUCGAUCCCAUCCGUAUCGUAUUUAGACGCAACGUCCGCGAGGGCAGCGAGUGCCUCUCGUGCCUCCGUCCACAGCCCUCCCUUCGACAUCGAGCCUGAAUCAUCCACGACGAUAACCGUAUUAUACUUCUUUAGCGUCUCCAACGCGUCCUCGAUCGUGUUCUGCCGCAUCGGCCGGCGCAAAUACUCCGCGCGCUCUUCGAAAGUCAUCGGCUGGCCCGCCCCCGACCGCCCAGGGGACGAUGACACAAAUGUGGCGGCACUGGCCUCGGAGCUCGCGGACGGCAGCCCGACGCUGCUCACAGGCCGGCGCAGGAACGGGUUGUUGCUGCGCGGAGCAUCCUGCGAGCGUGACCGCUGCCCGAGGCCCUGCGUCGGCACAGCAAGGAAAGACUGGUCGGAGAGUGCCUCCGAGUACGACGGUGGCGGCGGCGGCUCCUCGGAGCCUGUUUGUGAGAUGCGCGAGAGCGGCCGCUGGCUGCUCACGGAGCCCACGAGUGCGGAUCUGCUCCGGCGGUGGGUCUGCGAGCCGGAGGGGACUGCAAGGUUCUGUGAGCUCCUGUGGACGUUCGGAACUGCGGAUGUGGCGCGACGGUUGAGAGAGGCUCCUUCGUGCUUCUUGUCAAGUGGUG